GCCCAGCUCUGGAGUGACCCUCUGCAGUCCCUCCCUCUCUCUCUCUCUCUCUCCUCACGCAUUCUGUCCACUGCUCAGCCACCGCCGCCACCAUGAGCUACAGGUCCGACCGCAUGUCCUACGGGCACUCAGCUCCGGCGUACCGGGCCACCAGCGUCUACGGAGGCGCGGGGGGCUUCGGCGCUCGGAUCUCCUCCUCGUCCUCCUCCAGCCUCCGCUCGGGGGCCCCUGGCGGGGGGAUCAAGGCCUCCUCGGCCUACACCCAGCGGAGCUCGGCUCCAGGGGGGGCCGGGGGGAUGUCGACCUCCCUCCAGGGCAACGAGAAGGGCCAGAUGCAGAACCUGAACGACCGCCUGGCCACCUACCUGGAGAAGGUGCGCAGCCUGGAGCAGGCCAACGGCAAGCUGGAGGCCCAGAUACGAGAGGUGCUGGAGAAGAGCGGCCCGGAGAUGAGGGACUACAGCCGCUACAACGCCAUCCUGGACGACCUCAGGAGACAGGUGUUUGACAUGACUGUGGAUAACGCUCGGCUGGUGCUGCAGAUAGACAAUGCCAGGCUUGCUACGGAUGACUUCAGAGUCAAGUAUGAAUCUGAGCUGGCUAUUCGUCAGUCUGUGGAGGGAGACAUUGCUGGGCUGAAGAAAGUGAUCGACGACACGAACCUCGGCCGUAUGAACAUCGAGAGUGAGAUCGAGUCCGUGAGAGAGGAGCUGGCCUUCCUCCAGAAGAAUCACGACAAUGAAGUGUCGGACUUGACGAGGCAGAUCUCCAUGUCAGGCGUGCAGGUGGAUGUGGACGCUCCCAAGGGCCAGGACCUCUCUCAGGUCAUGGAGGGCAUAAGGGCCAACUACGAGAAGAUGGCUCUGAAAAACGCUGAGGAGCUCAAGCUGUGGCAUGAGAACCAGAUAUCCGACGUGCAGGUUCAGGUGACCCAGAACACAGAGGCCCUACAGGGGGCACAGAUGGAGAAGAACGACCAGCGGAGGCAAAUACAGACGCUGGAGAUAGAGCUGGCGUCACAACAGAGCCUGAAAGCAUCUCUUGACGACACGUUGCGGACUACGGAGCUGCGUUCGAACGCGGAGAUGGAGAAGUACAACGACCUCAUCCGCCAGCUGGAGGCCGAGCUGGGGCACCUGAGGACAAACGUCACGCAGCAGGGCCAGGAGUACGAGGCGCUCCUCAACAUGAAGAUGAAGCUGGAGGCGGAGAUCGCCACCUACCGCCACCUGCUGGAUGGGGGAGACACCACACCUCCACCUCAGCAGCCCUCUCAGCAGCCCUCUCAGCCACAGCCCAGCAAGGGCAAGCCCAAGUUCAAUUUAACAGAUGCUCUGGGGGAGCUGGAGGGUCUGGAAGGUCUGGAAGAGUGAAGUCACACACACACACACACACACACACACACACACACACAUGCAGUAAGAAAGGAGACAACCACUGUUACAUCAAAGAGAGCCACCAAAUCAGCAAUGUUCUGUGAAAGAAGGCUUUAAAAUCCACUGUGAUGUUUUUUAGCCACAGACAAAGACAAUAAAUUUCUGUACGGUAGAAAUGUG